AACCGUUACGAGAAGGUCGUUCCUAAUCUCUGGAAGAUCCAGAACCGGAAGAUUGAGAUAAACCGUUGCGCGCGCCCUUUUUGUGUGUGGUGUUUCCUGUACUCCCCCUCCCGGGAAUGAAGAAUUGAUGGAGGAAACGAAAAUUAAUGGUGAAAAUUCAUCGAUAUCCUGGUGUCUUCUUUUGGAACCGUUUGUGAGUUUUUGUGUACUAUAAUAUUGUUCUUUAGGACAAAAGUUGACGAGUGUUUAUUAGUGGCUUUAUGAAAACCAAUGCGGAUUGAAUGGUUUAGUUUUUUGUUUUUGGGAAAAGUGAAGUUCUUUCGAUAAAAUAGCGCUCCAGUUCCAGUCCCUGUCCGAUUAUGUAGCUGGUUUCCAGUUGAGAUUAAAGCAGCAGAAAGAUUGGCCUGAGGGUGGGCUAAAAGGAAACGAAAUCAUUCUGUGGAAUAAAACAGCUGCAGCUCUCGAUUUUGGAUGUGUCUCUUCAUGGGUGUAUCGAUGGUUUAACAAAGGUUUAUCAGUGUUUUUUUCGGAUUUCAAGGUGUUUCUUUCUGAAAGUGGGAAAUCUCAAGUCAAUUGGAGCUUCUGCUGAUUUUUAGAUAAAAUAUCUAAUUACACCGGAUACAUUCUCGAAACCGAUCAAAUAACGGAAAACAUCAAAAGUGCUGCUCAGAGGCCUCAAAGUGCAACCCGGUUAGCGCAAAAUGUAAGCUGGAACCACUCGAUAACGUCCGCUUCGCGACAGCUGUGAGCUUUUUUUCCAGCAAUUAAUUUUUGUUAAAAUCGGUGAACGUAACGCAUCUAAAACUGAUUGAUGGAUACCAUCGAGGAAGCGGCGGCGACCGCCAACGGAUCGCUUCAACUCGCCGGGGAGUUGGAACCGACGGAUGUGAACGACACCACCAAGUCGUCCCAGAGUUCGUCGUUUGCCGUGCCGGAUUACAACUGUUCUUCCCUGGUGGGAUCGGAGGAUCAUCAUCAGCAGUCGGUUGAGAGUGAUAAAGUUAGUGAUAUUAUCGAGCUUAUCGAGACGGGAAGUGUGGCGGAUGCGGAAGAUGUGGCCAAGGUGCUGAAUGGUGGGGGAGAUGGCAGUGAUAGUGGGGUAGAAUUCGGGGGGAUUACCGGAUCGUUGAACGAAACCGGGAUUCUACAGAGGGCGCUGAGUAACAAUAGUGCCGGAUAUGCGAGCAGCUGUUGUGGACUGGAAGAAGGCAAUGGCGUGAGCAUGUCAUGCAACUCGAGCAUGAUAAGCUACAGCUCGGAUGCCUACGAUAAAACAGGAAGUACUAUCCUUUUGGGUAGCGGAAGGCUGAGUAACGAUUAUUGUGCGAGUGAGGGGGGAAGUGAAAGUUCUUCGGUUACUGGAGGGCCGGUCAGUUCCUUAAGGAAGUCUGGUAGUUCGACCAAGAAGAAGGUCGCCAUGAAAGAACCGCUGACAAAUCGGUCCCCUAGGAAGUCUGGAGAUAGUGCUUCCUCGACUAGAAGUAGUUCAAGGUCGAGAGCUUCUUCGUUGGGUCGAUCGAUGUCGCUGAACUUGAAAACACCUCCCGCAUCUGCCAUGAAUGUUGCCGCCAGAGAAAGAGCUCGAUCCCGGGAAAAAAUCACAGGCUCUGGAAAUGUUUUCAACAAUAAAAAUGCUACUCCAAAAACAGUGGCACAGACAAAACGACCUGCAAAGCCCGAUUCUUUACCAACUGGACUGAAAGACUCCUCGCCGGCAAUCUCAAGGGUUAGUCUAUCGAGAACUCCGUCCGUUACUCGAGGACGUACUCCGCUGGCCACCCCUACAGAUGAUGGACGUUGGCCGUCCGUUGGCGGAAGAUGUAACACCACUCCAAGAUCUGGCACCAGGGCCUCUUCAACUGCUCCAGAAACUGUGUCGAUCAAAACUCGCGUCGGCACUCUUUCGCUGGAGACCAAAGUCAGCAGUCCCUUGGACAAAUUUGGAACCCUUCCUAGACGCCGAAGAGAGAAAUCCGCUGAAGAUCUGAAAGGAGGGUCCAGCUCUAGAAGUGGCUCCCUAACUCGAGAACAGCAAAACCGAAUGACCACUUCUCUAGUGAAAAAACUUCCUAUUACAAAGCCUGAGACACCCACAAAAACACUUCCAAGCUAUCCCAAAGUAACAAUCGGAGCAAAGAAACAGGUUCAAAAGACUAAAAUCUACCACGAAACCAGUGUGCAGACGGCAAUUACUUCCAAAGACGUGGAUGACGCAUUUAACGGCAAAGCUAAGGAUAUUAAAGUUGACGCCGUCGAAACCAGCCAUAAAUCGACCCAAUCCGAUAUCCGGGACAAAGAAAUGGAACGGUUGGAGGAAAAGCUUAAAAAAUUGACCACAGAAUAUUCUACCUUGAUGACCAAACACUCGGAAAAGAGCCAAAUGGUAACGGCCUUGGAACAGAAGCUGCUAAAAGAGCGGGAAGAAAAAUUUGCCGCCCAAAAGGAGCUGCAGAAGAACAGCGAACGGGUGCUAGGAAUGCUGGGUUCCGUCCAGGGAACACUCCCAACUCUCGAAACAACCGGAGGAGGCAACGAGUGCGACAGCCUCCUAAUGCUGGAGUCCCAGAUCCAGCUGUCCGGAUCCGCACUCGAGAAGAAACAGGAAGAGAUUGCCAAACUUCGGAACAUUUGCCGGGCGCUCCAAAUCGACAUGGAACGUUCGCUCAAGAACCAGGAGGAACUGCUGAGGCAAAAGACUGAACUGGAGGAAGAAUCCAAUGAGCUGCAGGAUUUCUUGCAGGCCGAGAAAGCUUCCUGCAUGGAGGCGCUGAAAGAAGCCGAGCUGGAGGUGUGCCAACUGAAACAGUCGCUCAGCCAGCGGGAGAGUGAAAUCGAGCGGCAACAGGAAGACUGUCGGCAUCUGGUGCGGAUUGGAGAGCAACGAAGACAAGAGUACCUGGGAAUGCAGGCGAAGUACAAUGCCCUGGAGAGCCGCACCAAGGACGUCCUACUGCAGCAGGGCGCUGCCGUUUCCGGGGCUUCGGUGGCCCUCUGCGGAUUGGGAUCUCGGCUGGGCCAUCUUGUCGAGCAGCUUAUUGCGUCCUACAACAUUUCCGAGCAGGACUUGGAGGACGUAAUUUAUCACAAUGAAGCCUACACCCAGAGUGACAGCGGGGACGGAAGUCCGGAGGCGGAACAAGCCGGAUGUUCCAUGGUUGGAAACAGCAGCACGGCCGUAGCCGAUGGAUCGAAGGAUGCCAAUACGCCCCUUUCGCCACAGCGUGGCCAUUCGUUCAUUGCGGCCGUCAUCAGUGCUAUCCGGAAUGCCACCAGCAAGACGGCGGUACUGAAGACCGCGGUCUCCAACGGUGGAUCCGUUGCGGCCCCGAAGGAAAAGAAGGAUCACUGUGGGCAUGAAUCGGACUCCACGGAAAUGCUGGACUCGGAAACGGAACCCUGCCUCAUGAUGGACAACGUGCUGGAGGAUGUCACCAUGCCGGAUUCCCACUCCCACAACAUGGUAUCCUCAUCGACCCGUAUAUCCCAGAUCGAGAUGCCAUCGUCCCUGGAAUCCGGAGCCAACAUGAUGAUCUCCCACGACGAAUCGUUGGACAACCUUUCGCAGGCCAUCGCCAAUCGGCAACAGAUCGAGAUGCAGUCAAGCAUUAUUGCCAGCGGUCGAUCGCCGAGACAGUUCCGACAAUCUUGUGGAUCCUCGGAUCAACCGAUGGUAACAGGAGGAGCUGCUGGUGGUGCCGGGGAUCACACCAUCGCUAGCCAUUCGUCGUCACUGGAGGACGAUGAAAACAGCUGCUGCGGAGAGGCUUCGAUGGCCGAGAUGCCCUCGAUCUGCGAGUACUGCAACGCUCAAUCGCUAGUCGAUCAGGUCAUCGAGGUGGAUAAUCUGAUCACUAAGCUGCUGAAGGUUCUGAGGAUAGUGCAGAUGGAUAACGAUCACUGCAUUCAGGAGUUGAUAAGUCACAAGAACAAAUUGGCUUUAACCAACGAAGAAAUUCAGGAUCGUGUGAAAGAAUACGAGGAACUCAACUUGAAGCUGAAGGAAGAUUUGGCGGAUGCCUCGCAGCAGCUUUCAGUUCGUGGAAACGAGCUAACGAAAAGCAAAGCUGAACUACAGUGCCAUCGGAUGGAAAUUGAUAAACUGAACGAAGAUAUUUGCAAGUUGAGCACACUGUGCAGCAACAACCAGAAGGGUGCUGUUGGCAACCAAAGUGGAACUAGUUCUAGUCUGACGAUCAACCGGGAGGACAUUGUCAGUGCCUUGAAGCUGUGGAACGAGAACGAACCGAUCCCGGAAACCGAUCUGAUCGGGCACGUGAUAGAGGCCUGCAAUGAGAUUCCAAAACUGAAAGCGCGCCUUCGCGAGAAGGACCAACUAUUGGCCUCGGGGGGAGCAGCACCGCCGAGCGUGGUGAUGUCAGCCAGCUGGCACCAGGCCGUAACGGAAGCCAAGCGGCAGUACGAAGCCAUCGAUCGGGCUCUGGAAACUUUGCACAGCGUCCAAUCUCUCGUUCAACAGUCGCCGGCACUGCAGCAGUUGCAGCAAGACUUGGAGGAAACCAAUUUUCAGGCCAUCCCCCUAGCGGCUGUUCCGACCCACGUGAUUCACCAAAAUGGCAACAACGGUGGUAUUCCCACGGUUAACGGAAGCAGCAGCAACGGAAUCGAUCUGAAUGCCAAUCAAACUCUGGCCAUCAUCAAUGGUAAUAGCAGCGGAAAUGGAGUAGCCGGACUACAGCUGAAUCAACCCGACGUGAUCGACUCGACUGCAUGAACCAGGAGAUCACCGGAGGUUUUUUUCCUUUAAAGACCGAAAAACGAUAGAUAGUUGAGACAUUGAGAGUUGAAAAUCGCUGCGGUAGUGAUGUUGAAGUUUUUAAUUUUAUUCACUAGAAUGAUAGAAAAAAGUAUUGUGAUCAACGGCUAGCGCGAAAGUUUAAUAAAUUAUUCCCGAUUUAUUAUUGUAGUGUAUUGAUAAAGAAAAAAAAAUCAAAACCAAGAUUACUAGAAACAAGGAAAACAAAAUUGGCGAGUAUUGUGUAGUACUAUCAAUGUUUGUUAGUGUCCAAUUUAGAACGUAGAUGUUCCGGAUAAUCGUGAAGACUAAUAGAUAAAAUUUACCAAAUCAACGAGUUGACAAUUUUAAACAAACAGACAUUAUUCCUACGGAUUCCAUUAGAUAAAGAAACUUACUAGCUGCAUUUUUGUGUCAAUUAUAAACGUAAUAGAUUGUUAGUCUCAUAUCUCGGUUACAAGUUCUCAAUCUUCGAUUGCGUUGUAUCUAGCAAUUAGAAAGCACCCCAUAAUAACAUUUUUUCUAGACUUCAAUCCGUAAUAAAAUUUGCACACUGAUAGGACCUUUUCUCGUGGCUAGAGAAAAGCAUCUCUACUCUUAACUGAAUUUAUAUUUUCGCAACUUUCAAAAUCACUAGCGCCCGUUCAGAAAAACGUCCUAAUUUAGAUUACAACUGAACUCCAACACUGCAAACGUUGACUUAAUAGAUGGAAGAAAUAUUCGGGCCUUCACUCAGUUUGCACAAACGAACAAACUUUACGAAGACCGAAGAACGUUUUAAAAUGCCUACCCUUUGCGACACUUGUUAUGACCAUCUCAGAACCGAAAGCAUUCGAAGUUGAGAACUUGCAACCACCAUAUGUGGAUCGACGAAUAGCUUAACCUCUUUCCAAAACUUUCAAAACGUUAGCAUUUCCUACUGUUUCAAAACAUUUUUCGAAACCAAGGUGACACCUUAAAACACAGUUCAACUGUCUGGAUCGCUUUUAAGUGAAGUCAGUAGUUAGUCAGUCAUAGGAGAAACCAGUCUGAUAAGGUUGUAAAAUAGGAGUUUUUUGGAGUUGUUCAAACAUACUCUCUAGCCUAGCAGCGUUCCUUUACUAAGAAAAAUAAUCGGUUUAGUUUCCUAGACUCGAAUUACUUGCAGUACACCUUUUAAAAUAGAACUUCAAUCAUCAACUGACAUAAACUAAUAACAAAUUUGGCACCACAGCCUUGUGCUACAGUGCGAAACUAGAAAGUCGAGCGUAACAGCAUUACAAUCAAUCGUCCAUUACAAACUAGUGUAAAUACAGACACAAUUAUUGAAAAAAAAACAUUUAAAUUUUGUCAACCCAUCAAAUCAACCUUUUUUUUUGUAUGUACAAUUUGUCUAUAGGAGAAAAACAACCAGUCCUUCCAUUCCUGUUUAUUUUUGCCAAGCAUUUGUAUUGAUCUACUCAGUUUUAAUUAAGUAAAUAAUAAUAAUAAUAUGUUUUUUACCUAUGCCAAUUAAGCAUAAUGAUAAGCAUAACUUGAAGCAGACUACUUCAUCAGACCCCAAAACUUUUUUCUAGAAUAUGAAUUACUUUAGAACGAAAACCUAAAUUGUGAAAAAAAUGCCUGAUGCCAUUUGGUGAUUAUCUAUCUAAACAAUGUGGAGACACACGCGGAGAUUAUACGAGCAAGUUUAAAACUCGAAAUAAAAUUGACUUGAAAAAUUUAGUACCUACUUGUAUUAGCCCUGUAAAAAAGUUCGAUAGAGUUGAUGCUGCUAAAAAAGAUUUUUUCCCUCUUUUCGUUUACUCUAAUCUAGGUUUACUUACUCAAAGGAAAACAAAUGAACUCUAUGAGUAAAAUUAA